UCCCUUUUGGCACUUUUAAUGCUUUCCCAUCUUUAGUACGGAACCAAUUGGAUGGCUUGAAGCGCAAGUACAACGAGCUGGAUAUGAGCUUUGUUGCCCUGCAAUUCGAACAUAAAGAGUUGAAGACAUCGACGCUUUCUUUGUCAACAGAAUAUGAAGCGCAGCGCUCCAAAUGUGAACAAUUGAAUGCAGAAAGCCAGACAUAUGUGAGCGUGAUUGAAGAUAUCCGCAAGGGUGCAGAUCAAACGAACCAAGAACUGUCCAGCAUGCGAACAGAAUUGCAACAGCUCAAGGGAAAAAUCAGCACUAGCGAAGAAAUGUGUGCUGGAUUGAAAAGACGGCUGUCUGACAUGCAAACAAUCUUCACAGAAUUGGAAAAAACGCUUGAAAAAUUUGGCCAAGAUCAGCAAACAGCAGGUGCCGAGCACGAGUCGAUGGCUGCUCACCAAUUUCAAGAAAAAUUGAAUGAAGUAAACGAGCAGUAUGCGGAAAAAUCCAAGAGCUACCAAGAAGCAAUCAUUGAAUUGCAAAGAGAGGUGCAGAAACUUCAAAACGAGCUUACGAAUUCCAAAGCAAAACAUGAUUCGGAAAACGAGCAGUUGAAACAAGACAAUAUGACCCUGAUGUGUCAUAAUAGUGCAUUAGCUGAGGAACUUGCUCAAGAAAAGGAACGUUUUCAGCUGCUAGAAGACCGGUUCAAUGAGCUAUGCACUUCUACAGUAUCACCAUCGCCACCUCCUAACAACAAGAGUACCACAAGCCUGACGGCUCGUUCUUCUGCCAUUGUUACGAAGCAACAGCAACAAUCACGACAAGAGACUAACAGAUCACGACCGUCCUCAUCUUCUAGUAAAGUACGCAAUGAUCUGUGCUCAUUUAUAACAGUCAUAUACUAUUUGUCUGACAGCAAAUAAUGCUAGAGAAAAGAUACUGGACCAACAGCAACAGAAACUCCAAGUAAUGCGACCAAUGGCCAGAAGCAGCAGCAGCAAAGACAGGGAUCAGCACCAAGGGCUGGUAGCUCUGGAAUGACAUUGCGUAAUGUAAGGUAUGUAUGCGUUUAUCCAUUUAA